UGGAAGAGCAGCGUUACCGAACCGCGAAUCACAAGUUAGUUAUUUGGACUGAGCAUGUCACAUCGGUUUAAGCGGAGCCAGCGAACAUACAAAGGGUAAUAAAGGCGGACAAGACGACCUUAGACUCCAAAACAAGGAUAUUUGAAGAAACUUUUGACGUGAAAAAGCGAUGAGUUUGAACGAGCAUUCACUUCAAGCGCUGUCAUGGAGAAAACUUUACUUGAGUCGAGCUAAACUCAAAGCGACCAGCCGGACCUCUGCUCUGCUCUCCGGAUUCGCUAUGGUGGCGAUGGUGGAGGCCCAGUUAGAGGAAGAUUGUGAAUAUCCCCCUGGCUUACUGAUCGCCUUCAGCGCCUGCACGACCGUUCUGGUCGCCGUCCAUCUCUUUGCUCUGAUGAUCAGCACGUGCAUCCUGCCCAACCUGGAGGCCGUCAGCAACGUCCACAACCUCAACUCCAUCGAAGAGUCGCCGCAUGAGCAGAUGCACCUCUAUAUCGAGCUGGCCUGGGCUUUCUCCACCGUUAUCGGCACCCUCCUCUUUCUGGCCGAGGUGGUCCUUAUCUGCUGGGUGAAGUUUCUUCCACUGAAAAACAAAAGUAAAAUUAAUCCAAACGAAACCGAUUCGGAUGUAAGCCCAGGGGAAGCUGCAGCGAUCACCUCUACCGUUAUCAUGGUACCCUUCGCUUUGGUGUUUAUUGUUUUCGCAGUGCAUUUCUACCGUUCUCUAGUGAGCCACAAAACAGACCGGCAGUUCCAGGUGCUGGAGGCUUUGUCCAACAUCACACGCCUGCAGAAUGAGCUGGAUCACAGGGGCGAGGCCACUAACAUGCAGCCCUCUUCAGUACAUUUUGCCUAGUAUGCUUUACAAUUAUAAGGACCGUUAUCAUCACUGAAUGCACACUAGGUAGUGCACAUUAAGGAUUUUAUAAAUAUAGUGUCAAAAUAUUUUCGUUACAAAAUGAUACAUGCUGCCUUUUUUAUGUGUUUCAGUACAUCAAGUAUUGUGAUACAAAAUUUCUUCCUGUUUUUUUUCCAAUGCACCAAGACCUUAACAUGAUGGUUUUAUUUUCAUAUGUGUACCCUUAAAGGUGCAAUGUGUAAUUUUUAGAAGGAUCUCUUGACAGAAAUGCAAAAUAAUAUACAAAACUAUAUUAUCAGGGGUGUAUAAAGACCUUUUUAUAAUUAACAGUUAUGUUUUUAUUAUCUUAGAAUGAGACGUUUUUAUCUACAUACACAGGGGGUCCCCUUAUGUGGAAGUCGCCAUUUUGUGCUGCCAUGUUUCUGCAGAAGCCCUUGAUGGACAAACGUUUUUUACUAAGUUGUCUCCGUCAAUUACAUGUUUUUCUGGUGGCGGCUACCGUAGCUUCUCAAUGCCUUGCAAAAGCAAGGGGUGAGCAGUGGACUGAGCCGUUGGUUUUAAUUCACAACCCCACCACUGGAUGCCGCUAAAAUUUAUACACUGCACCUUUAAAUGGGAGAAGUGAAACUAAAAGAUGAAAGCAAUGCAUUUGGUUAUAAAUUGAUAUUUACAUUUGGUUCAGAAUUUUUAUUAUAUGGCUCGUUGGAAUGCUUGAUUCUGAUUGGCCAGUUGCAACAUUUGCAGGUUGUUAUUCCCAGAUAACAACAGCUGAAAACUAAUAACACACGGUAACCCAGAUGCUGCAAAUCAAAAAAGGUACAGUUUAAUGUUAACCACAAUUAAAUAUAAAUGUCUUUUAAUAACAUAUAUGACAUUAUAUUUACAAAUGAUUUAUCUAAAUAGCCUGUUUGUAACAUUUGAAAGCAGUCUUAUCUUAAAACCAAAAAUAAAUGGGGUUUCCUUACGGAAGGUCUGCAUUCAUUAAAAAUUAGCAAAUAAUAUUUUAAUAUUCCUUACCUAACUUAUGAGUUAAAUAGCCGAGUAGUAAGCGGGAUAAUGUACAGGCAGUCGGUUUUUAUCGCGCAAUAUAUUCCCUAUCAGUGUCAUACAAGAUCCUCUGCGUUACUAUUUCUGUAACCGGCUGCCUAUACAUUAUACCUUACAUAAUGGCCGAUUGUUAAAAAUAGCAGAUGAUCUGGGCGGAUUAUAUCAUGCACUGUAAAAAUGUUAUUGCGUUGGAUCAAAAAGUGCCAAACCCAGUUGUUGGGUUAACCUAGAACAUUUUUCUAAUUGACCCAACAAUGGGUUUUGAGGUUAAAACAACCCACCAUUGGUUAAGUACAACCUAGCAGGUGGGUUUGUGCCUUUUUGACCUAGUGCUGGGUUUAAAAUAACUCAGAUGGGUUCGAUUUUUUUAGAUUGUGGCAGAUAAACGCAUCAAAACUCAUCCUGCGUGAUUAUCUUGAAUUAGGUCAAAGUGACAACAGAAUUGCACUUUUUAUGCUCUGCACUUUUAGGAUUUCAUGACACAAUUUAAAACUAGAAGUAAAAAGUAAAAACUAUCUAUCAUUAGUAUUAGUAGAUGUCAUUCUAAGUAGUAUACAGUAUCGGUACAUAUUUUUUGUAUUGGUGCAUCCCUAAUUAAAACCUAAAAUAAUGCUAUUUUAGAUAGAAUUAUUUUACUUUUAGUACGAAGACAGAAACGGCUUGCAAAAUAUUCUACAUAUUUUAUUGCAUGUUUUGAGUGUGUAAAUACAAGAUUAUAUUUUAUAGAUGCAUUUUCUUUAGAAAGGUCUAUGCAGAAUUUUUGUAAAAAAAAUACACUGGUAAAAGUUGUUUACACGGAUUGUCUUGUGUGGAGUAGCAUAUUUGGUUUUUGCACAUUUACAGUAAAGGUAUAAUAUAAUAGGCUUUAUGCUCAGCUGCAUACUUCCUGAACUUCAGCCAGCUCCUUGUUUCCUGUCUGCCAUUAUUGGACAAACUGAUUAAUCCAGGUGUGUCUGAUUAUUGUUGUUGUGACUACUGAGGUCAGGCACACCUGGAUUGAUCAGUUUGUCCAAUAAUGGCAGACAGGAAACAAGGAGCUGGCUGAUAUUCAGGAAGUAGUGCAGCUGGGCAUGAAGCCUAUUGAGGAGAGAAGACAUUUUUUUGCCUAUUUGUGAGAUACAGUGGUCCUAAAAAGCAUUUCAAUUUACACUUACAUUAUAUGCAUUAACAAAAUUACAAACAUCUUUCAUUUUUCAACAAGUAAGCAAAUCAUUUUACAAAUUUUGGUUUGUUAGAUUAUACAUAUAGAUUAUACAAAUUAUAUCUGUUUUUUUUCUAAUUAAGAGAAAAUUUGGACACUUGACUAGUUCUCAAAUACAGGAAUAUCCUUCGGUGAAGCAUGUCUGUUUCCAAGUAUAUAGCUUUAAUCUGCAGAGUUUUUGGGAUCGCUGCCUUUGCAUGUUUGAAUGUAUAAAUCUGUGUGUAUAUAUAUCUUAUAUAUUUUGCUAUACAGCUGUUGCUUCAUAGGAUUUGUAUUAUAUGGAUAAUUAUGCAUACUUGUGUCCUUUAAACCUGUAAUCUGCCACUAAAGGAUACUGUAUGGUUGAGAGUACUGGCUUCAGCCACAUAAACUGGAAAGAUUAACUGGUACUCCAAACAUUUUGACAUGUGAUUUAAGUUUUGUUUGUUAUUUCCUGGGAGUUUGCAUUUGUACAGGGCUUUGCUAAUGAAAAUGGAAAUGCAACACAUUUUUGGUAUUGUAACUUCAGUGAAUCCUUUUAUGUGAACAUAUAAGCUGCUAAUCUUUGCCAUUUUAAUGCCACAUUUAAUAGUGGGUAAAUUAGUCUGCACACCAGGUCUGGGAAACAAAUCUUCAUUAUUAAUUGGCUGCAGCAUGUGGUGCAAUGGCUUCUUUCUAGCAGUCUCACAACUUUAUGGUCAGGUACUUUAAAUUAAGAAUGAUAAAAUAAAAAUAUACAAAAUGUGA